GGCGGCGGCUUCAUUGCCGGCGACUGGGCUGCGCUCGACGCCUCACGCGCUUGGCUGAGGGGGUUGGGAGAAGAAGAUGAAGACCGGGGAGAAGGAGCAGCUGCGACGGCGGAGGAGGUGAAGCUGAGGACGAGACGGGCGGCAGCCCCGCAGGCUUCGCUUCCCCCGGCUGAGGGAAUGGCUUGCGCAGGAGCUGCGGGGGGCGACGAGCCCUUCGCUGCUAGCUCCAGCGGCCAAGACUACGCAGGACAAGGAUGCGGCGACAGCUCCCCGGCGGCGGCGGCUGUAGUGGUGCGGGACGCCCUGUCGCUGGAGGAGAUCCUGAGGCUCUACAAUCAGCCCAUCAACGAGGAGCAGGCAUGGGCCGUUUGCUACCAGUGCUGCGGCUCCCUCCGCGCUCGCCUUCGCCGCAGGGAGCCCCCGGCCGGGAGGGUGGAGAGUCCGGCGGACAUUCGCAUCUGGAAGGAUGGAGCCGUCACCCUGGGCUGGGACGCCAACCGCCGGAGCCUGCCCGGAGCAGGUAAAUCAGAACAUUUACAAUGUUCAGAAACAGAGGUGAUUGAAUCCUUGGGAAUUAUUAUUUAUAAAGCACUGGACUAUGGCUUGAAGGAGAAUGAAGAGAGAGAGCUAAGUCCUCCCUUGGAACAGCUUAUUGAUCACAUGACUAAUACAACAGAAGCAAAUGGCAGCAAAGAUGAAGGCUAUGAUGCUCUGGAUGAAGGUGUAGAGGAUGAAAAUGAUAAAGAGAAUAUUGAAGUUAUACAGUCUUAUCGAGAUGUCAUGAAGCUCUGUGCUGCUCAUCUGCCAACCAGAUCAGAUGCACCAACUCAUUAUCAAGCAGUAUGUCGGGCGCUGUUUGCAGAAACAAUGGAGCUGUACACAUUCUUGGCCAGAAUUAAAAGUGCCAAAGAGAAUUUGAAGAAGAUUCAGGAAAUGGAUAGAGAAGGGAGUGAUGAAUCCACAGAUCUUGAUGAGCUAAAAAAUGCAGACUGGGCCCGAUUUUGGGUGCAGGUUAUGCGAGAUUUGCGCAAUGGUGUGAAACUGAAGAAAGUUCAAGAACGUCAGUUCAACCCUCUUCCAAUAGAGUAUCAGCUCACUCCAUAUGAGAUGCUGAUGGAUGAUAUUCGAUCAAAACGCUAUACUUUAAGGAAAGUUAUGAUCAAUGGAGAUAUACCUCCACGAUUAAAAAAGAGUGCCCAUGAAAUAAUAUUGGACUUCAUCCGAUCUCGACCUCCAUUAAAUCCAGCUUCUGCAAGAAAGCUGAAACCAACCCCACCACGACCGCGUAGCCUCCAUGAAAGAAUACUGGAAGAAAUCAAGUCUGAAAGAAAGCUGAGACCAGUCUCUCCUGAUGAGAUCAGGCGUAGUAGACUAGCAAUCCGGCCUCUUAGCAUGUCUUACAGUUUUGACUUGUCAGAUGCAUCCACACCAGAGACGUCCAGAAAAGUGCCAGAAAGCUGUGUUCUGAAUGGCAGCUUGGAACCUGAAGCCAAUGUGAAUGGCAUUGGCACUGCUCAGUUGACAGUGCAACGGAAGAGGCUACUGAAAGCUCCCACAUUGGCUGAACUGGAUAGCUCAGAUUCAGAGGAAGAGACUAUGCGUAAAUCAGCUAGUAGCAGUAGCAUAUCUCCGUCUCAAAUGGAAGAUACAUUUCCAGAAACCACUGGGAAAAAGGUGCCUCCAAAAUUCUUGCCAAUAUCAUCCACGCCGCAGCCAGAGAGGAGGCAGCCACCUCAGAGGCGACACUCCAUUGAAAAAGAAACACCAACGAACGUCCGACAAUUCCUGCCACCCACAAAACAGAGCUCCAGAUCACUUGUUCCCAGGAUAACAAGUUUCUUUCCAUGGAUGAUGUUCAAAACACAAUUUGCAACCAUACACACUGCCUCUCAUCUUAGCUCCCAUCUUUUUGAAGUAGCCCUGUUUGGGGUGGAAGAGUUUUGUUACCCUGUGGAAUGCCUGGCUCUUACAGUGGAAGAAGUAAUGCACAUCCGCCAAGUGCUAGUGAAGGCAGAACUAGAGAAAUACCAGCAGUAUAAAGAUGUCUAUACUGCCCUCAAGAAAGGAAAGCUCUGUUUUUGUUGCCGAACACGGAGGUUUUCCUUCUUCACCUGGUCCUAUACCUGUCAGUUUUGUAAAAGGCCAGUAUGCUCACAUUGUUGUAAAAAGAUGCGCCUGCCAUCAAAACCAUAUUCCACUCUUCCCAUCUUUUCUCUGGGGCCUUCUGCUUUGCAGAGAGGAGAGAGCUUUAUGAGGCCAGAUAAACCUUCCACAAGCCAUCACCGGUCAUUAAGGGGCAUGCCAAGGUUGUCCUCAAAGUCCAAGUCUGUAGAUAAAUCUGAUGACGAAGCACUGUUUCCAAAAGAGCUAAUGGAGGACUGGAGCACGAUGGAGGUGUGUGUGGACUGCAAAAAGUUCAUUUCAGAAAUAAUUAAUUCGAGCCGCCGAAGCCUCUCCCUGGCUAACAAGCGAGCCAGGUUAAAAAGGAAAACCCAGUCGUUCUACAUGUCGUCCCCAGGCACCUCAGAGUACUGUCCUUCUGAGAGGACUAUUAAUGAGAUCUGAGCCUUGUGCCUUUCUCUUUGCAUUGUCUUCAGGAGGUUCUGAGAGAACUCACACAGAAACCAGCUUGUCUUUCUUCCCUCUUUCUGAUAGCUUACAUUUGCAUUCGGUCACUGGUUUCACUACUCCAUAAUUUAUGGGGGGGGGGGAGAAGGGGUAUCUGAAAUUAGGCUAUGCAGCAGAACAGCCAAUAAACUUGUUUGCACUGGAAUAAAGGAGUUAGGAAAUGUUGCCUUUGUGUAUAUGUGCAAUGUACAAAGAGAGCCUGGAUUGUGAUUGUUUUUUUUCCUUGUAUUAAUUUCUUGAUUCAUUUUCAGGAACAGGGUUAAAACUAUAUACUGAAAGUAGAACCAUAUCUAAAACAGGUGAUAGCAUUAGUUUGGUUGUAACCAUUAAACCAUGUUGGAAAUGUACUUCCAAUUAUUAUCAUUUAUAUUUUGUUCUCUGUGGCAAGCAGGUUCGUGUUGUACAGAAGACAGAUGGGAGCUAUGGCUCUUAACGCCUAAUGAUGUAGCACAAAGCUUAAAAGAAUUUUCUGAUGUGCUCAGAAUGGUUGACCAUAGUUCAAGCUGCAGAUGUUAAAAUAUCGGGGUUCAGUGAUAUGAUCUUGAAUAAGCUAAAUGACUAGAUCACAUUUUCCAUCAGCUGCUGCUGUUUUAAGUCCCAAUAUAAUGGUUAGUGUGUUUCAGUCUAAAUAAGUGUCAUUUCUUCUCUACCUUGAAUGUAUUCUUGAAUGUUAAUUGUAGUCAUAGAUGUAGCUUUUAGAAUUGUGCAAAAUUAUACUCUUUAUGGGGAAGGUGCAAAAUAAGUGCAACUUUUUAAUAUUGAGGUUUUUUUAAUAAAUAAACAAUCAUUCUCUGGGUGACAAGCCUGAGAAAGAAGAUAAUAAUGUAUAUGUGUAUUAUAGUGGAACAUAUAUGUACUGCUGUAACUAAGAGUCUGAAGAACAUAUCCAUUAUAAAUCCCAUUUUUACAGGGGUUUAUAUCUUAGCUGUAAAAAAAUUUAUAACCUGCAGAAUUUGAGACAGAAGUGUCUCAGAUUGAGAAGUUUUGUCAUUGUUUUCUUUCUUACAAAGGUUUGGAGAAACACUGUCUAGCUGUUUUGAAGUUCCAAUAAUGUUACCAAACAUC